UAACCUCAGGCCAAAGUAUUUAUUUUUAUUAUAGAGAACUUUUUCAUUCCUCCCCACUUCAUUAAUCUCACAAUUAUAUUCCAAUCUUUUGAGCAAAGGGCACCAUUUUAAGUGGAAGCUUUUUAUGGCUGCGUGACAACCCUGCUUUGGUUUGUUUUGCUAUCUGAAUCUCAAUUUCGGCUGACUUGAAUUGCAUUGGCUUGUGCGUCUGUGCUUGGAUUGGGCAAAGUGCACGUUAAUGCAGUAUCUGGCCUGCGCAAGGUUUUUGCCCUCGAGCUGGGUAUUUGCACGCAACCUGUUAAUUGUCGCUAGCAGCGCCGCUUUCGUCACAAGCUGUUCGUCUUUCGCCGACACCAGACACCUUGCCGGAAUCUCCGCUUCCAAGAUGAGUAGCAACGACCAGACCUGUAAAUCGUCCUGCCCUGGGGCACCAUACCAGGCAGGCAGCAGCUCAGUGGCAUAUGUGACCACUCCGGACCAGGAGUCUGCCAAGAAGCUGGCCCGCGGCAUCAUCGAACGAAAACUGGCUGCUUGCGUGAACAUUGUGCCGCAAAUCGAGUCCAUAUACAUGUGGGAGGGCAAGGUCAACGAAGACAGCGAGUACCUGCUGAUGAUCAAGACGCGCACCCAACGAAUCGACGAGCUGAGCAAGUACGUCCGGGAGAAUCACCCGUACAGCGUGGCCGAGGUCAUCUCCCUGCCCAUCCAGAACGGCAAUCCGCCGUACUUGAAGUGGAUCGAGCAGACAGUGCCGGAAAAGGCUGAGAACAAAGACUAAUUUAACUUAGCAUGAAAAUAAAGGGUUAAUUUUAACCGAAAAAUGUAAA